AUGCGCUCGGUGUGGCUGCCAGAGCUGGGUAACAUGGAUUCUACACAGAAGAAACGCUCGGAAGGUAUGGGUCUUUAUGUGGACAGCUCGAUCUUUGUGAUCGAGAUGAAACCCACUCCACUCUUCAUCGCUCAGAUGUAA